CUUUUCGAUUGAAACCGUACCGCUGAGCAACGCGAAAGUGAAUCAGAAAUAUUAAUAAAUUUAUUUUUUUUUCUUUAGAACUGCUACAAAAGCUCACUGAACCCAAAUGCUGAGCCUGUGCAAAAUGUUAAUGUUGCCACUGCUGCUCUUUACCUUUUUCUCAAUGGCAUGCAUGGGUCAAACUUUUCAGUAUUCUCGAGGUUGGACAAAUGGAAAAAGAGCUAAUCUGGGUACUGGUGCUGCACGUUAUCGCGAUGAAAGCAAUAUACCAGAACUAAUGGAGCUACAAGGCGGAGAAAGAAAAUUGGAAAAAUGUCUCAUUCAAUUGCAACAUUUCAUGCACAAUCCUUUAUUACGUGCUGUACCCUACGCUGGCACAUUAAAUUUAGCCUCAACUCCUAAUGCAAAUCCCAAUAGUAACAGCAACAACAACAACAACAACAACAAUUUAUUCUCAAAUCGUCAUCAAUCAAACGAAAUUUUCGAAGACUUGAACGGUGCUGAAGUCACCGAUUAUGGAAAACAUUAAAUGCGCUUAAAAGGAUAAUAGAGAAAACUACCACGAACUGUUAGAAAAGAUAAAUUUAUAUGAAAAAUUAUGUUAGAUAUAUAUAUAUUAUAUAGAUGA